AGAGCUCGGGGGCCUUCCUUUGCUUUUUGGACUCGGACGACGUGAUGAUGCCUCAGAGGGUGCGGCUGCAGCUGGAAGUCGCCAUGCAGCACCCGACCAGUGUGGUGGGCUGCCGGGUGAGCAGGGACCCGCCCGACUCCACUGAGCGGUACACGCGGUGGAUCAACCAGCUCUCACCUGAUCAGCUGCUCACCCAGGUCUUCACCUCCCACGGCCCGACCGUGGUCAUGCCCACCUGGUUCUGUUCCCGUGCCUGGUUCUCCCACGUGGGCCCGUUCGACGAGGGCGGGCAGGGUGUACCCGAGGACCUGCUCUUCUUCUACGACCACCUGCGGAAGGGCGGCGGGGCGGUGCGCGUGGACCAGAGCCUCCUCCUCUACCGCUACCACCCACAUGCAGCCACACGCUCCGUCCUCGAGGCCACCAUCUGGAGCCACCGCGUGCGCUUCCUGGAGGAGCGGGCCCUGCCCCACUGGGCGGCCUUCACCAUCUGGAACGCGGGCAAGCAGGGCCGGCGGCUGUACCGAAGCCUCACAGCAGGGGCACGGAGCAAGGUGGCUGCCUUCUGUGACGUGGAUGAGAACAAGAUCAGGAAGGGCUUCUACAGCUACGAGGACUCCCAGGACAGGCCUAAGCCCCGGAUCCCCAUCCUGCACUUUCGAGCUGCCCGGCCACCCUUCGUCAUCUGCGUGAAGCUGGACCUCACCGGGGGAGCGUUUGAGGACAACUUGCAGUCGCUGCAGCUGCAGGAGGGCCGGGACUUCAUCCACUUCAGCUGAUCAGGUAGCAGCGGGGCUCAGGAGAAGGAGCUGCAGGCCCUCGUGGGUGCUACACAGGUGGCUGGCCACCUCCCAGGGGCAGCGGUUCUCCUGGAGACCCACGUCUGGCAGCUGUAGGCCGGUCUGGGCCACGGGGUAGGGCUGAUUCUGCAGACCAGUGGCUGCCUCAUCUCGAGCCCCUGGACCAGCAUGAACCCUUCGCCUGCGUCGUUGGCACUGCUGGACACUGCACCCAGGCGGAGCCAGGGGCACCUGCAGGGCUCGCAGCGCCCUCCUGAGGCCCAAGAGGGGUCCUGGACUCCACCCCCCUAAAAAAAAAACACCCAGGCCCGGAACCCUUGCCUGCUGCCCCCUGCUGGCUCCAGGGCUGGGCCGGUGCCUCUGCCCUCUGACUGGACAGUCCUCCUGAGCCCAGUGUGCUCCAGCUGCACCUAGCCGUUGGCCCCCACUGCCACCCCAGGCCCCCACCCCUGCACUCCUCACUGCACUCCCUCUCCACGUGUGACCCAGUCAGGGGCCAGCGGAUGGGAGAGCCCCAGGCCGAAGCGGGCUGCUCGUGUGCGCUCAGCCUUUCGGAUGGGUGGGCUGGCCCAGAGGACAGCGGCCCUGGCCUGGCGUCCUGGAGGAACAGCAGGGAGCAGAGCCGGCUCUCUGGAAGUGCCCACACCCCAGUGGCCACAGGCAUGCGCGGUCUCUGCUGUGUCCAGCCCCUGGCCGGCACUCAGCCUGUCUAGCCCACUCUCCGCCCAGGCGGCCCCGCUCACACCACUGCAGGCGGACGGCUGCUCGUCUAACUUUAUGAGAUGUGGGUCAAGGCUACUACAAAAGCACUACCACCCCAGCCAGCGCAGGCCACAGCCACUGCCCAGCCCCGCCCUCAGCACCGCCAUCCUCCAACGGUGAGACGUGGGUCCAGGUCUCCGUGCUGGACGGGUGCAACAGCUCAGCUCCAGGAAGGGACUCAGCGGGCACUGGGCUGCAGAGGACACAGGGCAGAGGUCGGCCUGAGCUCCCGAGGGCAGGCGGGGACGGCUGCCGGGUUACCCUCCAUGCACAGACGAGGACAGCAGCAGCCGCUUGGCCCCAGCAAGGUGACAGCAAGCCCGACGGUCGGUGCUCAUGGGUCAGACAGACACCUCAAGGACAGAGAUUCCUGAGCUGAGCUUCACAGAGGACCUGCCUGUGAUCUCGAGAGGGACACACAGAGAGUGGGGGCAGGCACCAAGCCACCUGGCUCCUGCCAGCUCCAGAGGCCUGGGCCCAGCUCUGGGUGGUGUGGGGCCGGAGGUGGCCUGGAAGGAGGUGGGAACUGCGUCCCUGACCUGCACUGGGAGACCAGGUGCUCGGCCUACAGCCCAAGCAGAGCCCACAGGAUGGGGGGCCCAGCCUGCCCCACGCCUCUGGGGCCUGAGAGGCUGGCCACAGCCCACCGCCCUGGGACCUGCUCGCUGCACUUUCUGCAAGCCCAUGCAGGAAGCUGUCCCCAGCGCCAGCGGGGCCGAGGGGCAGGCUAGGCUGCUGAGCAGAAGGCACGCCUGCCUCGGUCUGUCCAGAGCCACGGUCCAGCCCGUGUCCAGAGGGACAUCGCCAGUGGGAACAGGAUGGGGGGCAGUGCUGGGUUCACCUGUGGCAGAGCCCACAGGCUGGAGACUGGACAGCCAGGGGGCCUGCCCCUCUGCCCGGGGCACCACGUGGUGACCAUACGCACCACAAGAGGCGCCAGAGCCCUGACUUCAGGGAACCACAGCUCUGAGCAGAUGUCAGGCCAUGGGGAAUGGCUGGGGGGGCAGCCCCCAGGUGGGAGGUGGCUGAGGCUGGCAUGGCACGGGGUGUCGAGGGCUCUCCCCACAUGGCGUAGCAGGAAGCCCAGCCAGCACCGAAGGCCCUGGCAGAGGGCGGGUGGAAGGACCCAGAUGGGGGUGCAGGCACCGUGGGGCAGGUCCCCAGGUCCCCAUGCAGCCUGUGGGGAUGUGGUUACCUUGGGGACCAGCUGAGGUCGGGGCACACCGAAGAGGUCACACAGGCGGUUGCGCUGGGCUCUCACCAGCGGGAGCUCUGCGUCCCUGGUUGGGGUUGGGGGGGGGGGUGUCAGCAAGGGGCAGGGCCCUGGGAAGCCCAGCCCCACACCAGCGGUGGCCGCUCUGCUGCUGGCACCACCGGGCCUGCAGGCAGACGAGCCCCCCAGCCGGCUCCCAGGACGGAGGGUGGGGGGGCCACAGCUCUCGCUGCAUGAUUUUAAGAAAAUUUUGACUCUGAAGACUGUUUCCUUAAUUCUCGUCACACAUGGAAAUUAAGCAGCACCGGCUCUGCAGACAUGCGAGUCCCGCCCCCACCAGGGGCGCAGCCCCUGCACACGCACAGGGAGAAGGCGGGCCUGGGAGCGAGGGGCCCUUGACCCCACUGACAGUCACCAGCCCACGGACCCCAAAACAUCGUGCCUGGCUCCCCGGACCCCUUGUCUCCCGAGGGGCCCACCCGCUUCACCCUGUGCCUGGCCCGCGUAUUCUCUGCCAGCACUGAGGGCGGCUGUGGUCGGCC